AACGUCACUUCGAGCGCUGUCCCCCUCUCUUCUCCUCUGUGUGCCGGACAUAUCUACGCCUUAACCCGCGCAGAUACAAUCUUUGAAACCGGCCCAUUCCGAUUACCGCCCUCCCUUUCCUCCCUUCACACCCAUCUCGCAAAUCAUGGUUCACAAAGUCCUCUUCUGGGGUGGUUUCGGUAUCGCCGUCCGCCUCUGGCAACUCGGCAUCGAAAUGCGGCCCAUCCUCGCCCGCGAAUCCCUCUGGGUCUACCCGCUCUUCGCCGGCGUCGGCGGCAGCUUCGGCUACUGGCUGCAGGGCGUCGAGGAGCGCCAGCUCCGCAUACUCGCCCAGCGCCGCGAGCAGAUCCUCGAGAAGCGCCGGCGGAGGGAUGAGCGCGAGAACGGCACGUUGAACCGGGUCGAGGAGAGUGUUUUGGCCGCUGCUGCUUGAGCGGUUGCCCGGGGGCUUGAAGAAAGAAUUUGAAAAAGCAAGGAAGGAAGGAUUGCUUCCUGUGGGGUGGUUAGGGACGUGGGAAAGUGGAUGUGCGGGGUUUGUGUGUGUGUGUUGUGUAUAUCUGGAUUGGGUUCUUUAUGCUUGUGUGUGGUGUUGUUUUCUUUUAUCAUGCUAUAAAUUCUAUGCUUUUUAUAUUCAUGUGUUCUGUUUGCUGUUUGGGGAAGGGAAAUGGGGUUGGGGAGAGUAGGGAUUCUUUGGUUGCGGCCGGUAUUAAGGUCAUGGGUAUGGAUUGAUGGUGGAGGUGAUGUACAGUAUGAGGAGGCUUAGAUGGUGAGCGUUCGCAUGGGAGGCAGGGAAGUGGUCGUAUUGUGUGGUGUAAGCGGUGCAGGUUGGAGAAUGUGUGACCUAUUCUAUAUCUAUGUCCAUCUGCGGUAUAUAGUAGAUUCAG